UAUGAGUGCUUGCACACCAGUCCUGUGAGUCCAGUGUGUAAAAGCUCAGCCUAAAAUACCAUUUUGAGGAACAUGAAUUUUUUUUAUUUUUUUUUGCAUUUUAAACCGACGAGGAAGUGAAGUUCUGAGGAGUUUGUAUCAGAAAGUUAACAAGCAGCAGGCGUGAGAUCCUCAGGGAAACCUUAGCAGUUCCUAGAUUUUUCCUCUUUAGCCUGCACUGGGAUCUUCAAGCAACAUCUGCGGUAAUGCCUGGGAAAUAGGCAGAUUGAACACACCGGGGAGAAAAGAAGAAGAAGAACUUGAAUUUUUCUCCAUGAACCAAUAAACUUUCACAGUCCUAAAGAAGCUCCCCCACCUUCUCCAUUUCUUACAACUUCUAUGUCCUCGUCAUCUCCUCCUAAAACCCAGCGAAGAAACUGGAACAUCGGAAUCUUAACCUCCUGAACAAACCCAGUCCCCCGGAGAUGAAUGAAAACCAGAACACACAUUACGAACACAUCUCUAGACCUCAGGGGUUAAACAGCAAUGGACAGCAAGGUCAGGAACGCACCACCUCCACUUUUGAACUGAAACGCGAUGUGCUGAUUAACACCGAUUGCCCGCGGCCGGUUAUCAAUCUGGAUCCCAGAGUUUCUAUCUACAGUACCAGGCGACCUCUGCUCACCAGAACCAACAUCCAAGGCAGAGUUUAUAACUUUUUGGAACGCCCGACGGGAUGGAAGUGUUUCGUUUAUCACUUUACAGUAUUUCUUAUUGUGCUGAUAUGCCUCAUAUUCAGCGUGCUUUCCACAAUCCAGCAGUAUUCCAAUUUGGCCACAGAAACUUUAUUUUGGAUGGAAAUUGUGCUGGUGGUAUUCUUUGGAACAGAAUAUGUUGUCAGAUUGUGGUCUGCUGGUUGUCGAAGCAAAUAUGUGGGAAUAUGGGGAAGAUUUCGCUUUGCUAGGAAACCUAUUUCUGUUAUAGAUUUAAUUGUUGUUGUAGCUUCUGUCAUAGUCCUUUGUGUAGGAUCAAAUGGGCAGGUUUUUGCAACGUCUGCUAUAAGGGGAAUCCGAUUUCUGCAGAUACUACGAAUGUUACAUGUGGACCGACAAGGAGGGACAUGGAGAUUACUUGGAUCAGUGGUUUUCAUACACAGACAGGAACUGAUAACCACUCUCUACAUUGGAUUCCUUGGCUUAAUUUUCUCUUCAUACUUUGUGUACCUGGCUGAAAAAGAUGCAGUUGAUUCGUCUGGAGAAUAUCAGUUUGGCAGCUACGCUGAUGCUCUGUGGUGGGGAGUAGUCACAGUUACAACCAUUGGUUAUGGAGACAAAGUUCCCCAGACAUGGAUUGGGAAAACAAUAGCAUCCUGCUUUUCUGUCUUCGCCAUCUCAUUCUUCGCAUUGCCAGCGGGUAUUCUAGGCUCCGGUUUCGCCUUAAAGGUACAACAGAAGCAAAGACAGAAGCAUUUUAACCGUCAGAUUCCUGCAGCCGCAUCGCUGAUUCAGACAGCAUGGAGAUGUUAUGCAGCUGAAAAUCCAGAUUCUGUAACAUGGAAAAUGUAUAUCAGGAAGGCACCACGCAAUCAGCAAGUCGUGUCUCCUAGCCCAAAACCAAAGAAAACUGUAUUGGUUAAGAGGAAGAAAUUGCGCACAGAGAAAGAGGAAGGCACCACUGAGAAGAUGCUAAACAUUCCACACAUCACAUAUGAUCAUGUUACAGAUGACCGAAAAAAUGACAGCUAUUCAGUGGAAGCUUAUGAGAACACUGUAACAAAAAAGACCUUUGGUCUGUUGGAUGUCGGCACCGGACCUUUCAUCAGAACGAGCAGUUUCACGGAAGAUCUUGAUAUGGAAGGAGAUACGUUGCUGACUCCAAUAACUCACAUAUCAGAACUACGAGAGCAUCACCGUGCGGCAAUAAAAGUUAUUCGCAGAAUGCAGUAUUUUGUGGCAAAGAAAAAGUUCCAGCAAGCGAGGAAGCCCUAUGAUGUACGUGAUGUCAUUGAGCAGUACUCACAAGGUCAUCUUAAUCUGAUGGUCAGAAUCAAAGAACUGCAGAGGAGACUUGACCAGUCGCUGGGGAAGCCCUCACUGUUUCUCUCUGGAUCAGAUAAAGUGAAAGAUCGAGGCACUAAUACAAUUGGGUCAAGACUGAAUCGUGUAGAGGACAAGGUGACCCAAAUGGACCAUAAACUCAACCUCAUAACUGAUAUGCUUCACCAUCUGGUAGCCAACCAGCAAGGCAGUCAGUCUGCGAGCAGAACGCCUAACCGCAGCAACUCCCUCAACAAUGGGAACAAUCUCUCCAGUAACACUCUCCCGACCUACGAACAGCUAACUGUGCCAAGAGGAAACCAAGAUUAUAUAUCUUGAUGAACAGAUUCAUAGGUUACUGAGCACAUUUUGGAACUGGUUACCUUACAAACUGAUUAACUACUGUUCUCAAUGCAGAUAUUCAUUAUUUUAAUGAAUGCCUUUUAUCAGCAGAAAGUAAAACGAAUGAUGUAAAUUAGACUAAGUAUCCAGUAAGUGUGUGAUACUGCUUUCUCUGUAAAUCCUACCAGGGCUCGCAGAAGGUUCCUUAGAGGACGUAAGGGCUGUUGGACGUAGGUGUAUGGGCCAAUGCAGAAACACGGCAGAAAGCGUCUGAUACAUUGACGACGUUACGAUCCUUUCUUGGGACGAUCGUAGCUGAUUGGCCUUUGGGAGUGUAAAUUAUCGGGGUCUUGCUGGAAAACUGUCGCUACAGCUGAACGAUUAUCCUGAUUUUUUUUAUUCUAUUAAAAUACACUUUUUACUUAGAUUUUUCAAUUUUUCGGGACUAAAAUGAUGGUCAUUUUGAGUAGACUGUAGUAAUAACACAUUUUUUUUUUUCCUUUACAAAGUAGCCUAUUUUUGGUGAAAAUUGUAUCCUAUAUUUCUGUUUUCUUUGAUUUGCGAUCACAAUGUUCUUGGAAUCAUUUCUUGUCCAGUGAUGAAAUGUAUUGAGUUUUCUCAAUAACGUUGGUAUUUAAAAUACGCGCUCAUCUUGUACAUCAGAUUCCGGUUUAUUUCUAGAUAUAAUCUGCACAUAAUAUGGAGUCCUCUUGUAAAUUAUUUUACUCCAAAUCUUUUAUUUUCUUUAUGGUGAACUGAUCCUGAGUUAAACACUAUAGUUCGUACUCAUCCAGAGCUGUACUCCCAAUUCUGCUGGUUGGUGCUUGGAAUCGGUCAGCACUGUGCUGACAGACACUCCCUCAGCCUGUGGGCUGAACUCACAAAAUGCUAUGCACUUUACUGCUCUACAAUUUGGGAGGUUUAUGUUUUUCUUCAUCUGAGGACUGUAUAGUGCCUUGUGUAAAGACCAUGGGGUACGUUCCCUGAACCAAUAGAGAUCCGAAUGCAUCUCUGGAUGUGAAUAGGCUGCAAGGCUAUUUUCACAUGAGGAAGAUUUUUUUGCAGAACUUUCUACAACUGUCCUAUUCAUUUUGCAGAAAUACUUAUGCUGCAGGAAAAUAAAUCCAUGGAAUGAAGUGCAGUCACAGGAAUAUCUGCAGCAAAUCUCUAAGGGGAUAUAGAUCUUACAGAGGACAUGUCACCUUUCCUAACAUGUCUAUGCUGGCAAUUAUUGUAUUUUUUUGCCCUAUAAGACGCACCUAGGUUUUAGAGGAGGACAAUAAGGAAAAAUAUUUUUCAUUAGACCUCAGAUCAGACCA